AUUCAAACGUCUAAUAUGCGGCGAAGCUAGUGAAAAAAAGAUUUCAGCGAGAUAAUAUUAAAUCUGUCCUUUUAACGAAUUUAUGCGAACACCAAUAAAGUCAAUUCUGCGCUGUAGGAAAAGGGAUUUCCCCCCGUCGAGUGAAUCUGACUGAGGUUGUAUAAAAAUGGAAAUAAUACUGUUUAUUUAUUAAUUUACUUAUAUUUUGCACGAAUAGUUUACAUGGUUUUAUAAUAUUUUUACUCAUGCUGCAUAAACAAAGUCAUACUUACUUUAAAAUAUAUGCUUAUAGUCAAAAUACUCUAUAAGCAGUAUUUUGUGUGUUGUAAAUUACUUCUACAACUGAUCGACUAAGAUUGAUCCUGGUCCUAAGGGGAUUACAAGUGAGACAAGUACAAAUUAGUUAUAAGUAAUGAUGUUUUUAAUGCAUCUCGAUUAAACUUUAUAAACAACUUUGAAACAUUUGCGCCAUCUAGCGCACACAAUUAGAUGUGAUCUGGAUCGCCCAUUCAUAGCGGAACAAAAAAACGAUUGACCACUGUUGCCAUACGGAGGGUGUACAUGAGCGGAAUAGCGUGUGUGGUGCAGUACACGAAAAAAACAUGGCAUCGGCAGAGGUAGUCCUGGGUUUUCUGGAGCAGGUGGAGCCGUGGCGGCUUCGGUCGUCUCAGUUCCCCAGUAAGGUUGGAGGGAAGCCGGCGUGGCUCAGCCAGAAAGGGCUUCCAUCCCAGUCAGCGCUGGAGUGUGAGAUCUGCCGCGUGCCUAUGGUCUUCCUGCUCCAGGUCUAUGCACCAAUUUCUGGCCAGGAGAGAAGUUUCCACAGAAUACUCUUUGUGUUCUGCUGUAAGACCCCUGAGUGCUACAUACUCAAUGACAAUCGCUGUAUGAAAGUUUUCAGAAGUCAGCUGCCUAGAAGUAACGAGUUCUACCCCUAUGAGCCCCCUCCAGAGGAUGAACCGCCCAGCGAUCUGGAGGACCAAACCAUGUUGCCCAUCUCUGGAGCUAAACUGUGCUGGGUCUGUGGUUGCCCUGGCAACAAGGCCUGCUCCCGCUGUCAUGCUGUAACUUACUGUGUCAAACAUCACCAGGCCAUUCACUGGAAGCAGUCUCACAAGAGGGAAUGUGGCAACCCAGAUAUUUCCAUCGUUGCAACGUCUCCCCUCCUCUUUCCUGAGUUUGAGCUCGUUACUGAACCUGAAGAAAAUGGGGAAGAGGAGGAGGAGGAAGAGCAGGGAAAAGACUCAGAGGUUCAACCUGGAGACGAAGACAGUAACCAGAAAAGUGUUGCCUCGUCUUCCUUAGCAGAUACUCUGGCAGAGACAGACUUGGAGGAGAUGGCCAUGCACGAGACUGAAGAGAACAAAGUGUUUCAAAGAUUUAAAAAGAAGAUUGCGUCAGAGCCACACCAGGUACAGAACCCUCCCAACUAUACUUAUACCUUUUUACGUCCAUUUACAGUGAUCUUUCUCAACCAGGUGAUUCGUUAUUGUCGGGGAGGAGUCCCUUUGUGGGUCUCCGCACAGCACGUCCCUUCAGAUCAAGACAUCCCACAAUGCACCUGUGGUGCUAAGAGGACAUUUGAGUUUCAGGUGAUGCCCCAGCUGUUAAAUGACCUGUCUGUGGACUCAACAGGAGCCAGUAUUGACUGGGGAACUCUGGUGGUCUACACAUGCUCUGCCAGCUGUAACCACGACAACCAGUACUGCCAGGAGUUUAUCUGGAAACAGGACUUUGGUCCUGAUCAACACAAGAAAACCAAAGACAAAUAAAGUGUUCUCAUUUUUAACCAGGAAUAUAUAUAUUUAAAAAAAAGUUCAUUUCUCUCUGAUUAUCAGGGUUAAACCAGAUUCACUGAAGUGUUGCACACAGAUGGAUGCAGUUUCUUAUUUGUCUGUAUUAACCUUAGCUUUAGACAUCUGUUUUCCUAUAAAAUAUUCAUUUUUUCUUUAUAUGUUUAAGCCUUGUGCCAUCUUAGAUGACCCCAACCUUGCAUUGACGUCUCCCUAUCAUGACAAAGGUGGAAAGAUUUCAUGUAAUGCAUGGACACCAGUGAGGUUCACUAAUCAUUGAAGAAAAAAUGUUCAGAGCACUGUUAGUGGGUCUAGAUGACCCACCUCCCAAUGGUAAAGUGCCUAGGAUUAAGCACAAAAACGACAAUUCAAAAUGCAAAAGAACUUGAAUGAAAUCCAAUCAGUUACAGGAGAGAAACAACGCUUGAGCUCUGGUGUAAAGCCGAAUCAGUGGAGACUCAGCUCAAACAUCAGUUGUCCAUUUCUCUGCUGCUGCUUAGAGCAUCAAAACCUCUGGAUGUGGGCAAGUGACAGAAAUAAAGUUUCUGGAAACAAAUGCUGAACGGUUUUGAGAAACUUAGAGCAGGAAAGUCCAAAUCCAGUUUCCUUAAUGUUUUCCAUCCAUCCUGCCAUUGAAGCUCCUUAUUGGCUAAACACACCUGAUCCAGGUCAUCAACAGCAGAUAAGGCAGGGUUUCUGGAAAACAAGAAGGCCUGGAUUUGGACACCCCUGCUUUAGAGUAACACUGCACGACACAUUAACCCAGCAGUCAGGUUUUUUUAGCUGCUCUUCAACACACAUGUGCAUGCCAUGAGAGCCAAACCUUAAACUUCACUCAUUUCUGGUGCCUGACUUAAAGAUACCAUACCACCUACAGUCCUACGAUGGCCUACUUAUCUUGUUUUGUAGUUCUUUUUCUUUUUUAACUAAGCUGAACCGUAAAGCAAUUAGUGUGUGAAAAAUGCUUUUACAAGUUUAUUUUUACUACAGAGAAACUAAAUGUAAAAAAAAAUUUUUUUUACAACAUAAACCUUUUUGGAAAAGCAGUCUUUAUCUGAAAGAUGGAAAACCUAGAUGUUUGAGGAGAAAAUUUGUCACAAAUCCAAAAACCACAAAUACAACAAACACCAAAACGGAAAAGUUUGGAAACAUCUUCAAAUUCACGAAAUGACAACUUCAACCGAGUAAACUUUAAACGUGACCUUAUUAGCCAAUACAAGUCAUGUGCCACUACAGACCAGUUUGGGCCGUUCAUUCAGAUGCAUCUCCAAUAACAGCAGCUGUUUUACUGCUUAUAAAUAGAACUAAGAGAAAACCAUUGGUUCUUUUACCUUACAUAUUGUGCUGUUGAACCACCAUGUUACUCAAAUUUCAAAGUGUUCAAUUUAACAAUACUUACAGAAAACUGUAUAAAAACUACUGAAUGUCAUGGAUCUGAUGACCUAUGAACUCUAUAGGUUUCCACCCAAUGUGACCGAUUCAAGUUUCUUUUCUAGACUUGAAGAAAUUGAAGGGGUUUUUUUUACUUCAAAAAAUUUCCUCCAGAUAGUUUCAGAUAAAUAAAUGAGUCUGUGGCAAACACACUGCUUAAAGUAAAAAAAACCUCAGAUGUUACAAAGACAAAACUCUGCUUUAUGAACAGGAUGUAUGAACACGUUUAUUAACGCACAGUACAGCUCUAACAGUUGUGGAGGAACAGGUAUCCAAAUGGAAAAUGGAUUUCUGGUGACAACAUCCAUAAUAAGUGGAACAGACGUUAAGUUGAAACUUAUUUUAAAAGUUUGGCUUCUGAAAGGUAAUCCUUAGGUUGGUUAACGAGAAAAUGAAAUCAACAAGUGCCAGAAACUCAAAUCAAAAAGUGAUAAGUACUUUUCUAAACAAAGUUUUGCAAAAAGAAAGAAAGAAAAAAAACCAGGACAAGCAGGAGCAUUUACACUGUUAACUCACUCUCUGCAGAGAUUUAUAGAAAAAAACAAACUCCUUUGUCUUGGUGCAUUUAAAUUGAAGACAGACUAAUGAACAUUAUUGUUUUGAAUGCCUGUUAACAUCAUUUUUCCAAGUUUCCUGUUUGCUUUAAGCUUUUUGGAACAUCCUAUCAACUUUGAAUGACUAAUAAUUGAAAAUAAGUUAUAUACAUUUGUACAAGUUUUACAAUAAAGCACAUCUGAUAUCACAAUUAUGCUCAGUUUCUUCAUAAAAAAUAAAAAGCUUCAAGCAAUGAUGGAAACAUGGGGUGACUUUGACUGGUAAAGGCAAAUUAUUGCAGAACAAACUACAGUCUGGAUCGGAUAACUCAAUUAUUGAAAUGGUUUCUAUUCGUUAUAAAAUGAGGGCUUUCACUGUAACCUGGGGACAAGUAUGGCUUCAGUUUAAUUUGAAAUUUGAAAAGUUAAUCGAUUUUGUGGCAAGAUUGUUUACAAGGGGUUGACCCAAAAAAUAA